AUGGGAAUGGUGAAAAUGAUGGGAAUGGAGAAAUCGAUGGUCAUUAGAAUGGUAGAAAUGAAGGGAGCAAUAGGAAUUUUGGAAAUGAUGGAAUUGGAGGAAAUUGUGUUCAAUGGAACAGUGGGAAUAGAGGAAGCAAUAGGAAUAAUGGUAAUGAUGGGAAUAGACAAAAAUAAUGGUCAUUGGAAUGUUGGAAAUGGUAGGAAUGGUGAAAAUUGUAGGAAUGUUGGAACGAGGUCACUGGAACGCAAUGGGAAUUGUGGAAAUGAUGGGAAUGAAGAUAAUGAUGUUCAAUGGAACGGUGGGGAUGGAGGAAGCAAUAUGAAUGCUGAAACUGGUGGAAAUAGAGAAAAUGGUGGUCAUUGGAAUGGUGGGGGUGAAGGAAGCGAUGGAAACGGUGAAAAUGGUGGGAAUAGAGAAAAUGGUGGUCAUUGGAAUGGAUGGUGUGACGAAAGCGAUUGGAAUGAUAGAAAUGGAAGUGGCGGUCAUUGGAACGGUAGGAGUGAAGGAAGCGAUGGGAAUGGCGGAACUGGUGGUAAUGGAGGAAAUGGUGGUUAUUGGAAUAAUGGGAUUGAAGGAGGCGAUGGGAAUGGUGGAAAUGGUGGUAACGGAGGACGCGGUGUUCAUUAG